CGUUUAUUCUCAAGUGGAUAAACGUAACUGGCAGGAUGCGCCUUCUUAAUGUUGCAGUUGUUGUAGUCUUGGUCUUCCUUGGCUCCGUCCUUGGUGGCCAUGGUGGUGGUGGUCAUGGAGGUGGAGGCCACGGUGGUGGUCAUGGAGGCGGCGGCCAUGGAGGAGGUCAUGGUGGUGGUCACGGAGGUGGUCAUGGAGGUGGUCACGGAGGUGGCAAAGGACACGGAGGAGGUGGCCACGGAGGUGGCAAAGGACACGGAGGAGGCGGCCAUGGAGGUGGCGGCCACGGUGGCGGCAAAGGAGGUCAUGGCGGAGGACACGGAGGUGGCGGCCAUGGAGGAGGUCAUGGAGGAGGUCACGGUGGAGGUCAUGGAGGAGGCCACGGUGGCGGUCACGGAGGUGGCCAUGGAGGUGGUGGUCAUGGAGGCGGACACCACGGUUAAACAUUCAAGUAUCAUCAUAUUCACAUCAAAUGCUGGACAUUUGAUAUCAUGUUUGUCGAUUCCACUCGCCAUGCUGCAUCGACCAAAGCUGUAUAUUCCUCAACGGGCACAAAUAAAACUGCCAUCGACAUUCAAAUCGUUUAUUCUCAAGUGGAUAAACGUAACUGGCAGGAUGCGCCUUCUUAAUGUUGCAGUUGUUGUAGUCUUGGUCUUCCUUGGCUCCGUCCUUGGUGGCCAUGGUGGUGGUGGUCAUGGAGGUGGAGGCCACGGUGGUGGUCAUGGAGGCGGCGGCCAUGGAGGAGGUCAUGGUGGUGGUCACGGAGGUGGUCAUGGAGGUGGUCACGGAGGUGGCAAAGGACACGGAGGAGGUGGCCACGGAGGUGGCAAAGGACACGGAGGAGGCGGCCAUGGAGGUGGCGGCCACGGUGGCGGCAAAGGAGGUCAUGGCGAAGGACACGGAGGUGGCGGCCAUGGAGGAGGUCAUGGAGGAGGUCACGGUGGAGGUCAUGGAGGAGGCCACGGUGGCGGUCACGGAGGUGGCCAUGGAGUGAUUGUCACAUUAGAAUCAUUGUCCACAAAGGUCCUGAAGCUCGAAGGCAGAUGA